CUUGAACCAUAUUGCAGUGAAUAGGAUUCAGUCAAUAAUAAGAAUGUGUUUAAGAACUUUGAAAAAGACUAUUAUAAACAGAAGACUUGAAUAGUUAAACAGUAUGGUUAGAGACUCUGGUAAAGUUUUAUUAUGUCCUCCUUAUGGAUAUCUUACCCAUGAUGAUGCUCAGCUCUGUACAGCUCUUGUAGAUGGAACAUGGCAAGCUCAAAGAAAUCUUUUUGCUCAAGGUUACAGUUUGUCACCACUAGAAAAACUCCAAAAAAGGCAAAUCUAGUGGGGAAAGAUGAGGAUAAAGGAGCUGAACAAAAUGAAACACAGGAUGUGGUGUCUGAAAAUGUGGUUGAACAGAGUGAUUUACAAAUGAAGGUAGCAUGUCUUGGUACAGAGAAUAAAGUAGAAGCUAAAACAACAUUGGUUGAAGGAGAUGGAAAUGAAAACAAGAGUAAAUUAGGAACUAAACUGUCAGCUGAAAAGUUAAAAGAACAAACUGAACAAAAUCCACCAAGUGAUAAUACAGUUGGAAAUACUGGCUUUGAUAAGACAGACAGUGCAAAACAAAGUUGUUUGGUUAUGACUGAGAAGCCAAAUGAAAAUGUUCUUAAGGUUGGAAAUGAAGCUACAAAACAAGAUGUUGAAAGCUCACAGCCAACUCUUUUAGAUGACAAUGCAGUGAAGAAAGCCACUGUAAAGUUCACAAUUUCAGUUGAGUCCAACCCAGAGGAAGAUAGCAAAGUGGUUAAAUUAGACAUAACUCCUCCCAACCAAGAACAAGUAAACCUUCGAAAAGUUUCAGAAAUGCCUAAAGAAAGUGUAUCAUUUCCAAGUCUCAAGCUUAAUCUUUCAGAGUCAAUGUCAUCCCCGGAAUGUGGUAACUCUCCAGAAAUUCGUUGCUCUACUGGCAGAGUACGGUUAUCUUCAGGGGAAAACUCACUGUCAUCAACACCAACAUCCCGUCCAAGGAGGCAAACGUUUUGCAGCAUUUCAUACCUCUCCAGGAGAAAUCUUUCUAGAGAAAAUGCUUUUGAAGAUUCAGAAGACGCACUAUCAGCAUCCUCUUCUGAUUUUUCUCCAGGGAGUACCUUGUCCAGCUUGGGUGCAGACAGGUAUCAUGAGUUCAGUGAUGAUGCUUCUAGUGAUGGCAAGAUAAGAGAAAGUCUGGAACUCAGUGAUGAUGCAUGCUCUUCUGAUUUACGUGAGCACACACAUCUCACUCCAGUCAAUAAGCAGCUGCGGAUAGUCACAUCAGUAGAUCGAGCACUUUACCCUCACAGACGUGGAUCCCUGUCUUCCCCAAAAUUUGAGCGAACACUUAGCUUAGGCAGAUCAUCUUCAGAAAAUCUGGAGCACAUUGCUUUUGUUGACUACCUGAAGCGUCUGAAGCUCGGACAAUACUUGAAGAAUUUUCCAUCCAAUAUGUCCAUGUCCACAUUUAGAAGUACAUCAGAGCAUGAGCUAAUGGAAGUAUAUGGAGUAUAUGACAUGGAAGGAAGAAGAGCUUUAAUGAAAGCCAUCAUGGUGGCUAGAGAAGAAGAUGAGAGCGAUACAGAUUCUUUGUCUGAGUUUCACAACGUUGGGCCAACGUCCCCAUUAUUACGCAAGUGUAGAGAUGAACUGCCUUUUGCCGGCGGGUUACGACGGCUACAGAGAACUUUAUCGGAGGAUACAAAGCGACGAGAGAGCAUGCCAUCAACACCAACAGUACCCCACCCGCCACCCAUCAUGACCCACCAUAUUAGCACUCACGCCGAGCCGACAAACCUUUUACGGAUGAAAACUACAGCCCUUGGCCAGUCUGCUCCAUCUCUGACCAACUCUCUGAAGGACAUGACAGUGACAAGAAGAAACAGCAGAAAUUACGGCAGAAAGUCUGUAGUAACAAUGACAUCACCAACUCUUCCAGCCCGUUGUCCGUCGCCACAGAUAAAUACGGGUUCCCCCCAUGAGAGUCCAAGAAAUUUGUCACCUAAUCAACAUGGGCAUUUUGCUUUCCAGGCUAUCAGAAAUGUUAACAGGUGUGAUGGAAGAAGGUGGUCUUGUGCCUCCAUUCCAUCCUCUGGAUAUGGCACAAACACACCAGGCAGUUCUAAUGUCUCGCUCUUCCCCCAAUCUAACCCACAGUCACGCUACUCAUCCCAGGAAAGACUGCACCAGUUCCCCUCACAGCCUACAGCUGAGGAGCUUCACUUCUUGUCCAGUCAUUUUGGCAGUUCAGAAAAUAUGAGCCAUGAUGAUCAGGAGCUGCACCCUCAUACCAACAUGAGGCCUAGAUCCAGAAGUCUCAGCCUUUCGUGGCUUGCUUUAGACAGCCCGGCAAGGUCUCCUGGUGUGGAGUCUGAGAUUAUCAUGAUGAACAGUGUAUACAAGGAGAGAUUUCCCAAGGCCACCAUUGAAAUGGAAGACAAAUUGAAAACUUUUAUUUCAAACAACGCAACAUUGGACAUAGCACAGGAGUCAGAUGCCAUACUUUGUUUUUUGCACUAUCAGGUUCUUGAACUGGCCAGAGACUGCCUCAACAAAUCUGCAGAGAAAAUGAUAACUAAAGCUUAUUUUUAUGAACUGUUGGAUAAUCUCGAGAGAUUAGCUCAGGAUGCAAGGGAGCGUUCUAUGGAGGCCUACAAAAACUUGUACCCCCUUGUGAAACAGUUGCUGUUGAUUGUCUCACGCCCACUCAGGCUGCUUGAAUGUUUGGAGUUUGAUCCUGAAGAAUUCUACAUGUUGUUAGAGGCUGCAGAAGGACAGAUCAGACAGAUAAUCAAAGAUGACAUUCCUCAGUACAUCAUAUCUAAACUAGGGCUUACUGGGGAUCCACUGUCAGGGUUGACCCCAGUAGAUCAUUAUGAUGCACCAGACCAGAGUACAGAAGAAGCUGAUGGAGAUAAAUAUGAAGAAGAUACAGAGGAUCAUGAAGUUACUGGUGUAACAAAGGUGAAGCAGCCUUGUGAAGAUGAUUAUGAUACAAUGAAGCUUAUAAGCAAUGGAGCUUAUGCUGCUGUUUAUCUUGUCCGGCACAAAGUCACACGUCAGAGGUUUGCCAUGAAAAAAAUUUGUAAACAAAAUCUGGUCCUGAGGAACCAGAUUGAGCAAGUCUUUCUGGAGAGGGAUAUUUUAUCCUUCACUGAUAAUCCUUUUGUUGUCUCCAUGUACUGCAGUUUUGAAACUAAGAAACAUUUGUGCAUGGUGAUGGAAUAUGUUGAAGGAGGUGACUGUGCUACACUGUUAAAAAAUGUUGGAUCUUUGGCUCUUGACCUUGCCAGGAUGUACUUUGCUGAGACUGUACUAGCCCUCGAGUAUCUACAUAGUUACGGUAUUGUGCACCGUGAUCUUAAACCUGACAACUUGUUGAUCACAGCCCUAGGUCAUGUCAAACUGACAGACUUUGGUCUCUCUAAGAUUGGUCUCAUGAGUUUGACAACAAAUCUUUAUGAGGAUGCUCUGGAUAAAGACUGUAAACAGUUUAGGGAUAAGCAAGUUUUUGGCACACCUGAAUACAUUGCACCUGAGGUUAUCCUGAGAUCAGGCUAUGGCAAACCUGUUGACUGGUGGUCUAUGGGAAUCAUCCUGUAUGAGUUCCUUGUGGGCUGUGUCCCAUUCUUUGGUGACACUCCAGAGGAGUUGUUUUCUCAAGUAAUAAAUGAGAACAUUCAGUGGCCAGAUGAAGAUGAAUGGCAAGUGAGAGAUGAUGCUAAGGACCUAAUCCUAGGUCUGCUUCAGCAUGAUCCUCUUCAGCGACUGGGAACUGGUGGAGCCCAGGAAGUGAAAGAACAUGUGUUCUUCAUGGGCUUAAACUGGGAAAAUCUGCUGCGCCAGAAAGCUGAGUUUGUUCCUCAGCUUGAUGGGGAUGAUGAUACUAGUUACUUUGAUAGUCGCAUUGACCGCUAUAAUCAUGAGCUGGACACAGAGACUGAAGAUGAUGGUGAAGAGAUAUUGUUUCAGAGUUUUUCUUCUUGUUCCCCUCGCUACUCACGUGUGUACAACCGAGGCUUGGAGCCACUGAUACAAGAUGUAAACAUGGCAUUUCUCAGCCCUUAUGCUAACAUACCUCCACAGGAAUUAAGAGAAAGGCGGCGACAUUCAAGUGCAGAUGAUUUUAGAGCUCGUGUGCUUGAGAGGCGGGCCCUUGAACGCAAAGAUUCCAAUCAUUCAGAGGGAUCAGAAGGGUCUAUGGAAAUGUUGAAAAGAAAGGACAGUGUUUUGUCAGAUACAACAGACAGUGGCGGACAUGAGGAGGUUCUCAGUAGCAAUGAAAGACGUGCCAGUGACAACACAACAGAUUCCUCACAGACAGACAGCGACUCAUGCAACUCUCCACAGAUCAACAGGGCUAAUAAACUGAUCGCUACUAAGAGUGUCAUUCCUAAGUUUGCCAUUUCAUCAGAGGAAGAUAAAGAAUUGUCACCUGUUGAUGAGGGUAAAGAAGGAAGUAAAGAACAAAGUAAAGAGAAGAGUGAACAGAAGAGAGAAAGCAAGCUGCCCAUGCAGAAAUCAGUCUCAGCUAAUGCUUUAACUUUGUUGAUUACACCAACUGGAGAUGACUUAAGCACACCUAAAGCUGCUUCACCUGGUGGAUCAAGUACUAGCUCUAGAGAUGGCUCACCAAGCAGGGACACCUCCCCUCUAACGCGGAGCCUAAAGCCACCUAUUAUAUUAAAGAGAGGAGCUCGAGGAUUUGGAUUCAGUUUCCGUUCAAUCAGAGUUUAUAUUGGAGAGUCUGAUGUCUACACGCUACAACAUAUUGUUACUGAGGUGGAACCAAACAGUCCAAGCUUUGAGGCUGGCCUAAGAGCUGGAGACCUAAUAACACACAUCAAUGAUGAGAGUGUUCAGAGUCUUCUGCACACUCAAGUUGUCCACCUGUUGAGCUCUGGAAGUAUUGUCAACAUCAGGGCCGUUCCACUGGAUAAAACAACCAUCAAGGAGGGCUCCAGGCGCAAGGGCAACCCUGGUAAAAUGGCAAGACGUAGCCAGAAGAAGAAAGAGAAGGUGCAGGAGAAAAAGAAAGGAAGAAAUUUGCUGAGAAGGCUGAGCAGCAAAAAGUCAGAUCCCCCCAUUUUCCCCCAUAUGCCCCCAGGCCGUCAGCAGUUUACACCUCUGAAUAGGUCAAGCUCAUCAGGGGAUCAUCACACAAAGCUAGGCCGCUCUCCUCCCAUCUCAGUUCCUUGGUCCCCAGACUCUUCUCAGGCCGGAUCCUCCACAUCCAGCUCCCCCAGCUCUAGUGCUCCCAACUCACCAGCCACUCAAGUAGGUGCCGCUCACUUUGGCAGACCCAGCUCCUUGCAUGUUGCCAAGCAUAAGAAAACUGGCAGUCUCAAGUCUCCCCACAGGCGCAAGUCAGUUCACAACUUCCCACUUUCUCCCCUGGCUCGCACCCCAUCCCCGUCAGCCACAGUCCAGUCUCCAGCUAGAAGUCCUUCCCCGUUAGCCCUGCCCCACAGUCAUCAGGCUGGCAGCUCCACCCAGCCCCAACAAACUGUGCCAUCUCACAUCAACAAUCUGCACUCAUCCCCUGUUCCCUCCUGUAAGAAGUCGCUGAUUGCUCCCUCCCCUGCCAAGCCUCAACCCUCCACUUUGUCCAAAACACCCCUUUGCCGACCAAAAAGUUGUGAACCGGGAUCCCCCAUAAAAAGAAGAACAUCAUCACCAGAGAGGCUGCACCCAAGUUCAGCAAAUCAAAGACAAGCUAGUUCUGCAGGCAGUGGAGCUCUUGACAAACUUCCUCCUCCUCACAGAAAAAUCUCUCUGCAAGAAAAACAGCACCACUCGGAUCCAACAUGAAAUUUUUUGGGGGUGAACUGGUUUUACUACUUUACUUUCUUGUGCAAUGUUUACAUAUUCAUUCUUGAUCAUGUUAGAAACAUGUUCCAGUAGUUUUGUGCCAGAGGGUCUGUGAAGUUAGCAGACCUGACUAAUCAUACCAGUGUUUCUACAUACUGUUGAGAGGUAUCAAAGUUUUAAAUAUGUACAAUACAUCUGUCCAGCUCACAGACUGAUUGUUGCUUGUUUUAUCUGACAUGACACUAUUUUAUUCACGCUAAAAAAAAUUGUAUUUUUGCUACUUGGUGUGUCUCAUGCUAAGUCGCACUGAUUGGGCAGAUUUUCCUCUGGAUUUAACUGAAUGGACUUGCAGGACUUGAUUUUUAUCUGGAGCAUGUAGGGCUUAGCAUAUCAAAGGUCUAGUCAAACUACUAUGGAGAUAUUUUGAGUGUCACCAUGUUAAAUCAGGGACUUGAUUCUACCAGUAAACUUUCUCAACUCACAACAGGCUUGAUCUUCAGAAUGUUAAAACCUUGAAAAUAUUUAUUGCUGCCCUAGAGGUGAAUGUACUGGAGCAAAAAGUUUUUGAUGAGCAUUUUAAAUCUAACUAAAUGAACAGAGCUAGUCUCUAGUUGAUUCUAUCAGUAUUGAAGUCUGCAAGGUUGUAACAUUAUUUAUCUUGUCAAUUAAUUAUCACGUUGUAACACCUUGACCAUUUAAGGUGCAUGACCCUUGAUGAAUGCUGUACACUUAUAUGUUAACAAGUUGCAGAUUUUUAACAUGAUGCCCAUUUACUGACAAGUGUAUAUUUACAAUCAUAAGAUAAAAGUGAAAAAAUAUUUGUACAUUUGAAGUAUUGAUCUUUAUAUAUAUAUAUAUAUGGUUGAGGAAUUGAACAAUGGCAAGCUUACAUAAAAGUAAAGACAAAGAGGUGGUUAAAGUAUAUGUUACAUAAAUGUAUGACACCUUAGCUGUGGUAAUGCACUUUAGCAUUAUGUUGCUCAACAUUUGUACAGACACUAACUGUAUCCUUACCUUUCACUAGAAUUAGAAAGAGGAUAGCAUCAAUGCAAAUCUCUGUGUUGCUAUGUUCUUUUUUGUUCAUAUAAGAUCCCACUUGGACUCAGGUGGCUGGUAUUGUGAAUUGUUGCACACAAGAUGACCAUUCUGUUACCUUUGAUAUCUGUCCAUGUCAAUGAUGAAACUUGCUGGUGCCCUUCUGUUUUGUAGUCAAAUGUAGUUCAAUUGAUUGGCUGGCAGUCUUGACAUCUUCCUGCUGGUGUUGUUUAUAUAUAUAUCUCCUUGUCAUCCCACCUAUAGAAACUUCAACAAACCACAUGGAACAUUUUUU